AUGGCCGAAGACCAACAUCUGAAAAACAGCCAUAUGGCCAUCGUGCUAGGUAUCGGGCUUGGAGUGGUGCUACUUAUUGUGCUGAGUUUAAUUUUGACGAUUGUCAUCAACCGCCGGGAUCGGCAGUCAUUUCUGCGCUCGAAGAAAGAUCCUGACGAGCGCUUGCGGAGUUUGGAUGCCGUGGCUCCAAUUUGCACGCUCGAGAAGUGGUGGACUACCACGAAAGGGAAUCUGGGGCUGUCCGAGGCUGUUGAUGGACAGUUUGUUUGGUAUGUCGCUUUGAACCCGUUCUUGCUGUCUGCUUGGAGCAAGUCGAUCGCGCUCAUGAAAUUCGCCAACUGCGCUGUUUGCAUGUCUUCCACCGAGAGUGUCUGGAAAAAUGGUUUUUAG